AAUUCCGUAUUUAUAAUUCGUUUAGAAAUUUAGACGUGCUUAACAAAUCUGUAAAAAACUUUAAAGUACUUUAUCAUAUAAUCACAGAAAUAGAUUUUAUUAAUUUGCCACGUAUCAAAAUGAAAGUUUUAAUAAAACCGCAGCAGUCUUUCUGUUGAUAACAAUCCCAGAUCCAGAUAGCUCAUUAUUAAUUUAUAAUCGUGUACGAGUCGCGAGACGAAGUACAAGGUGAGAGUGUAAAUAUUAGCUCGCCUCGCCUCUCGUCUCGCGCCUCGCAGCGGUCGCGUCCGGAGCGGUAAUUUGGGCAUGAAUCAAAGGACCUUGCAACAAACGCGAGCGUGGUGUUUACAUUCGCGCUCUCGCUUCAUUAAAUUUUUCAACCUUAUGACGUGCAGAUCAAUCAAUAUGGUGUGGUCCAUAAAAGAAAUAUUCCAGUUUUUGGAACUAUUCCAAAAAAGAACCAAUCAUUUGGGAUUCCAAAAACAAAUUCCAUAAAAAUAACUAGAAAGCGAACGAUGCAUGGCCAAGGUUAAGCGAAGAAAUGUGCAGACCAGUACUUAUUACUAAUUAUGUCAUGGCAACCUUUCGUCAGCAUCUGCGGCGCCAAAAAAUCAUUAAAAUCCGGUGCAGGAGAAGAUGAUGUUUAUAAGCCAGUGUGGCUGUACUACGAUGCCAUAGAAACAUUUUUGGCACCUGUUUAUAAGUGUCAUGUCACUAUCAACACCGAAGAAGGACUGAUAUCACCAGUUCUACCCAAUGUUGACGAUGAAACACACAAUGAUAACGAGCUUAUCAAUGACCAGCAUGAUGAACAGAAUAGCGAGAAACAGAAACCGGCUAACAAUAAAAAACUUUUAAAUCACCUAUCAAAAGAAAGCAAACCCGUGAAGAUUGUGAAAUAGAUAUUCACAAGAACAUAAAAGACAUGGUAUCUAAUUUAAAUAACAUGUUAUUAAACAGGAAGGAAAACGAUGAGUGCGACUUGUACGCGCAGUUAUUUUCAACAAGAUUGAGAGAAUAUUCAACACAAGAACGGCGUCAGAUUAUGCAUGGCAUUGAUGUCCUACUUACUAUUAUAACUAACCAUUAUUCAUUGAAAUCACACAAGUAGUAACUUUCAAUAAGUUUUCAAUUUGAACAAAAUUGUAUCUCUAUGCAUUAUUUCAUGACUUUAGCUUAUUGUUAUAAAACCUACUCUAAGACAUGAAACAAUGAGUUUAUUAUUAAUAAUAAUAAUAGAGCCAUUUAUUCUGAAUUAACAAUUAGAGAUAUUACAAAUAAACUAUUAUAACUAUAAAA